UCGGUUCAGCCUGUGUCCGGACGGUUCCGUUAAUGUUAUUUUAAUAAUGCAGUCUUCCAAGAGGAGUGAGAGCGACUGGCAGGGACUAGUGAGCGAGUUCCUGGUGUGCAAGCGUAAACUGGAGAGUAAGAAGGAGGCACUUCUCAUCCUGUCUAAAGAGCUGGAUAGCUGUCAGCAGGAGAGAGACCAGUACAAGUUGAUGGCCAACCAGCUGAGAGAACGCCACCAGGGACUCAAGAAGAAGUACAGAGAACUCAUAGAUGGUGACCCCUCUUUGCCACCAGAAAAACGCAAUCAAGUGAACCUGGGUCAGCUGCUCAGGGACUCCAGGGAACGAAUGAAACGGCUCACAGAGGAGCUGAAGGACCUCACUCAGAGGCUGGCUGAGGCUCAGGGAGAUAACAAGCUGUUGAGGAUGACCAUUACUCGACAGAGGCUGGGGGAUGAAGAGGUGGGGGUACGCCACUUCCCCGCCCAUGAGCGUGAGGAUCUUGUUUCCCAGCUGGAGAGAGCAGGGCGACAGAUGGAGGAGAUGGAGCACACCAUAAAAGCCCUGACAGACGAGCUGCAGGACGUGAAGGCAGAACGCAGCGUGUUCAGGGAGAAGGCCGACCGACUAAACGUUGAACUUAAUCACAUUUUAGGGAACCACGAGUCACGCAUCAUUGACGUGGACGCACUUUGCAUGGAAAACAGGUAUUUGCACGAGCGCCUUAUUCAGCUGCAGGAGGAGGUGAGCCUGCUGAAAUCAAACAUCAUGAAGUACAAGACGGCCCUGGAGAGGAGGAAGAACUCGGGCACGUAUGGGAGAUCAAACACCUGUCCUCUUACUGGAGUGCUGUCAGCCAAACAAGUCCAGGAGAUGCUCCUGGAGGAGCAGGGCUGCAGCCUGCCUGCCACUCCUCAGUCCAUCUCAGACCUCAAGUCGCUGGCUACUGCUCUGCUGGAGACCAUCCAUGAGAAGAACCUGGUAAUCCAGCACCAAAGGCAUACCAACAGGAUUCUGGGAAACAGAGUUGCAGAUUUAGAAAGGAAGCUGAAAACCUUGGAGGUGUCAGGAUUAUGGAGUCUACCAGGAACACGGGACAGCAUCACACUGAAUGAAAACUUGCAGCCAGAGCUCCGCCCGACCCGUGCUGCUUCUAUACCACUCAAAGGUGACAGGAGUCCCCAUGAAUCAUCUUGGGAACGCCACACCGCCGACGGCGACCUUGGCACAGAUGGCAUCGGCAGGGACGACACACCUGCACUGCUCAGCAGCCUGGAUCCUCUCGAGGACGAACUGGAGACGAAUGGGAUCGACAGGGGAGGGGGGGACAUCGUGACACUGACGGACGAUCUGGAGCUGGUCGAUGGACGCAGUCCGGUGGAAGAGGCAGGACGGGAGGAAGAAAGAGACGAAGAGCUGAACUCCACCGUGGAGGAAGGAGAAGAAGCUGCUGUGGCGCUGGACGUCCGUCCCACCGAGCAACCUUCUGCCCGUCGCUCACAGACGGGUCGUCUACCCUGCCAGGACGGAGAGUCUGAUGAUGGACUUGACGAAGCCUCGAUAUCAGUUCCAAAGAGCCGAACCACAUCGGGGUUAAGUGAAACCGAGUUGGACUUUCACUGUCCUCCUGCACAAAGUGACACCUGUCAAGGUGACAACUUGGCAUGA